AUGAGCCGGCGGCUGGAGUCUGGUCACCCGGGCCCCAGAGAUCCGUCAACUCCCCGGGAUCGCAAUGGCUAUUGGGACCGAUCCACGCCACGAGAGAGAUCCCGUCCGAAUGGUCGGCCACCGACAAAAUCUCCAGGAAGCUCGUCUCGGAUCUGCAAGAAGUGCGGCGAACCACUGACUGGCCAGUUCGUACGGGCUUUGCAAGCAACAUAUCAUCUCGAGUGUUUCAAGUGCGAGGACUGCGGCCAAAUCGUGGCAUCGAAAUUCUUCCCUGUUGAUGCCGAAGACGGUAGUGGUCAAUACCCCUUAUGUGAAACGGACUACUUUCGGCGAUUAGAUCUUCUAUGCCAUGAAUGUGGUGGUGCCCUGCGUGGGUCGUAUAUUACGGCCCUGGAACGCAAGUAUCACAUUGAACACUUCACCUGUUCUGUUUGUCCCACUGUUUUUGGUGCACAAGACUCAUACUACGAGCAUGAAGGGAAAGUUUAUUGUCAUUUUCACUAUUCCACACAGUUUGCACAACGAUGCCAUGGUUGCCAUACAGCAAUCCUGAAACAAUUCGUGGAGAUCUUCCGCAACGGACAGAAUCAGCAUUGGCACCCUGAGUGCUACAUGAUUCACAAGUUCUGGAAUGUCCGUUUGGCCCCGACCGGCCAGCCUCUUGAAACCCCGGAAGUCGAGACGGACGCGACGGAUGAGGAGCGCAAUAGGGUGCGUGAAGAGGAGGACAUAAUGGAAGAAAAGGUGUAUAAAAUAUGGAGCAUCCUAUCCAGCUUCGAGGAAUCAUCCGCAGCCUGCAUUUCAGAUAUGCUCCUUCAUGUUAGCAAUGGCACAUAUCUGGAUGGUGUCCUUGUCGCCAAGAGGUUCAUUGGCCAUGUUGAUAUUCUGUUCUCGGCUAUCGAUCAGCUUGCGGGACAUAUCAAGGAACAGGGCAUGAAAGACCUGGCAUAUGGACGUGAAGCAAAGCUUCUGUGCAAGAAAAUUGUUGCGUUCUUCGCACUACUCUCGAAAACCCAGGAAACUGGUGUCCGCAAACUCGGCGUCACUCAGGAGCUCCUGUCUUUGGUCACCGGCCUUGCGCAUUACCUGAAGUUGCUAAUCCGCAUUGGCUUGCAAGGAGCCCUCAAGCUUGAGAGAGAGCAGCAAGCUUCUCAAGGCCUUCAUCAUUUCCUAGACCAUUUGGGAGACUUGGAGACACUCAGGCCACCUGAAGAAGAGACGCUUGCUGAUCUAAUGACCGGUGUCGACACACUGGCUGAUCAACUUUCCGAUUGUUGUGCGGCCUGCAAAGAGCCUAUCGAUGACGAAUGUGUCAUGCUGGGUGAUAGCAGGUGGCAUAUAAAGCCACCUCAUCUCACCUGUGCGUCAUGCCAGAAGGAGUUGUCCCAUACUCUCCAGGAUGCCCUGUGGAAUCCCAAGGAGAAGCAGUCCUUCUGUAGCGAUUGCGGUUCUCAGAAAGGACUUAUGCACGACGUACAAGGGGGUUUUACACAUAUCACGAAACUCCAGCAAUUUGUCUUUCUCCUCAAGGUCGCUCUUGCGCGACUUCUUGCUGUUCUCAGAGCGGGCGGAAGUCUCGGUUCUGGCGACGCUUCCCCCCCACAAGAUGGCAACGAAAGUGGUCGCAUCCCUCCUGGCGGCGAAAUGCGCCGAUCUGCCACAAGAUCCAAAUCGUACGCAAACGCUACUAGGAGCCCUCAAGAGGGGUCUUCACUUGAACAAACUGUCGGCGAAAUGCGGCGUCUACGAUCCAUCCGGAAUGAGCGUACCCUCUCAACUACUUACAAGAAGGCCCGGGCGUCUCGCAUUAUCGACGGCCCCGAAGGCCGUAGCGUACGACCUGGUUCAUCGGGCGGCGACGGAUCAGACCCACGGGGUCAUGGCUUCCAGAUUGUAGAGGAAAGAGAUGCCAACGGGGAAACGGUCACCGAGCUGACAUUUGGCAACCAGGAUGCAUUGACAUUGGAUGACAUACCCAGAAUUGUUGCUGCCGAGCAAGCUAAAGAGCAGCGUCCCAACGCCUACAAGCACGCCGGGACCAAGUUGGUUGGAACCACUGAACCACUUCCCAAAUACAAUCAUGGCCAUCAGCGUGGCGUAUCCGGAGCAGGUCUUGACCAGCACAUUAUCGAACAAGGUGGCAGGACAAAGAAGUAUUUCUCUGAGCUUUCUGCUUUGGAAUACUUUAUUGUGCGGCACGUUGCUGUCUUGUCCAUGGAGCCUUUGUUGAGUGAAUAUUUCACGCUAGAGGAAUUACUCUCCUUGAUCGAAUCACGAAAGCCUACCAUAUGGAAUAUCUUUGGCCGCGCCUUCAACAAAGAAGGCAAGAAGGUUGGAAAGAAGAAAGGCGUGUUCGGGGUAAACCUGGAUUUCCUUGUUGAAAGAGAGGGCACUGAAUCUAGUCAUGGUGUGGGUCCAGGACAACUUCGUAUUCCAGCCUUGGUUGAUGACGCUGUAUCCGCCAUGCGCCAAAUGGAUAUGUCCGUGGAGGGUGUUUUCCGAAAGAACGGCAAUAUCAGGCGCCUGAAAGACAUCUCUGAAAUGAUCGACAACAAAUAUGAACAGGUGGACAUGACGAAGGAGAAUCCUGUCCAGAUUGCCGCGCUGUUGAAGAAGUUUCUCCGCGAGAUGCCCGAUCCUCUCCUUACAUUCAAGCUCCAUCGUCUGUUUGUUGUUUCACAAAAAUUACCCGACCCUGAGAAGCAAAAACGUGUAUUGCAUCUUACAUGCUGCCUUCUUCCCAAGGCUCAUCGGGAUACUAUGGAAGUACUUUUUGCCUUCCUUAACUGGACGUCAUCUUUCUCGCACGUUGAUGAGGAGUCCGGUAGUAAGAUGGACAUACACAACCUCGCGACAGUAAUGACACCCAAUAUUCUCUACCCCAAUGCGAAAAAUAGCACGGUGGAUGAGAGUUUCCUGGCAAUCGAAGCCGUUAAUUGCCUGAUUACAUACAAUGAUACAAUGUGCGAGAUACCCGAGGAUCUGCAGUCGGUCCUUAGCGACACAACAUUCUUCAAGGAAAACACCGAAGUCACAACUAAGGAAAUACUUAGACGCUACGGCGAUAUCGCGCGCGGAAGCUUCUCCCCCAAGGCGAGCAAUGGUGGCGAAACCGUUACAAUUACGAAUUCGAACCGCGCUGCCAAUAUCCCUACUUCUGCCCGUAUCGAGACAGAUCCCUCCCAAGACACGGCAUGGCAGAUGCAAAGCUCAGUUCGCCAUGUUCAAAGCCCUGGUGGGCAUCAGCAUUCGACCAGUGGUACUCCACAAGCUGGUACAGAACUGGCCCCUACAGCUUCCAAUGACUAUCGCGAAAGAAGCACCAGUAAUGGCAGUCAGCAGAACCCUAUGCAAGCCGAAGGACAGUCUCAGCCAAUGCCAUACAGGGCUCGUCCAGGAGCUGGGCCCAUGGGGGUUGCUGGCUAA